AACUUCAGUUUGGGGAAGCAAUAUUCCCCCAACAGCUCCUUAGAUGCUUUCCAAAAUAAAAAGCACCUAAAAAACUAUCCUUUUAGUCGCUGAUCUAACGGGCAAUUAAACAAAUCCGUUUUCUUUUUGUUUUUCUGAAAACGACGAAUUCGGCCAAGCCGAUUCGUUUAACUCAUGGUCCGACCAGUGAGUGCAUUUACUAUAAGUACCAUGGCCUCCAUCGGAAGCGCGCAUUACCAAUCAGUUUAGUUUGAUCCGCAAGGCAAAUGGGCGCCCUUUGCCAUUUCCCACCCCCUUGUCACAGCUCCCUAUCGAAGCUCCUCUCCAACUCCAAAUCUCAAGGUGUCGGUUCCCGGACCAGACGGCGUUCAUCUUCUUUUUCCAUUAAAGGCUCCACUACUGCCUUCGUCCCGCUGGAACACUCGGAGUCGACUUCUCUAGGAGACAUCACAAGGUCCGAUUUCCCGAUCCUUCGUCAGAAGGUUAAUGGCCGUGAUCUGGUCUAUAUGGAUAACGCCGCAACCUCUCAAAAGCCAAACUACGUUCUGAAGGCAUUGAAGGAGUAUUAUGAGUUUUCUAAUUCUAACGUCCAUCGUGGAGUGCACUAUUUGAGUCAAAAGGCUACAACUGCAUAUGAGAAUGCCAGAGAAAAAGUCGCAGAUUUCAUCAAUGCAUCAGAUCAUAGAGAGAUCGUGUUUACUCGGAAUGCUACUGAAGCUAUCAAUUUAGUAGCUAACUCAUGGGGUGACGUAAACUUGGGCGAUGGUGACGAGAUUCUCCUUACAGUUGCAGAACAUCACAGUGCCAUUGUUCCAUGGCAAAUUGUUGCCAAAAAGAAGGGCGCUUCUUUGAAAUAUGUUGGUUUGACAACAGGUGAAGUUCCAGACAUCGAAAAGUUGAAGAAAGCCCUCUCAAAUAAAACUAAGCUGGUGGUCACACAUCAUGUUUCAAAUACACUUGGUUCUGUUCAUCCCAUAGAAGAUAUUGUAAUUUGGUCUCAUGAGGUGGGUGCAAGAGUUCUGCUUGAUGCUUGUCAAAGUGUUCCUCACAUGAUGGUAGAUGUUCAAAAGCUCAAUGUAGAUUUUCUUGUUGCAUCGUCCCACAAGAUGUGUGGGCCUACAGGCAUUGGAUUUUUGUACGGAAAAAUCGACCUUUUGUCUUCCAUGCCGCCGUUUUUAGGUGGUGGUGAAAUGAUCUCAGAUGUAUUUCAAGAUUAUUCUACUUAUGCCGAUCCUCCAUCACGGUUUGAAGCUGGAACUCCAGCUAUUGCUGAAGCUGUUGGAUUGGGUGCAGCGAUUGAAUAUCUUUCUAGAAUUGGCAUGCAACGAAUCCAUGAUUAUGAGAGGGAGCUGGCGGAUUAUCUUUAUUACAGCUUGACCUCUAUACCAAAUGUGCGGGUCUAUGGUCCUGUUCCUUCAGAAUUCGUCCAUCGUGCCGCUCUUUGUUCCUUCAAUGUUAAGAAUAUUCAUCCAACAGAUAUUGCUACAAUUCUCAACGAGGAGCAUGGUGUUGCCAUUCGAUCGGGCCAUCAUUGCGCUCAACCAUUGCAUCGGUACUUUGGAGUUAAUGCCAGCGCUCGUGCAAGCCUUUACUUUUACAACACCAAAGAGGAGGUGGAUCACUUUAUUCAGGCACUUAGAGAGACAAUCAACUUUUUCUCCAUGUAAGUAGCUACGGUGUCUCUCAUCUUUUCAAUAAUUUCUGCAAACUGUCAUGUAAAUAUUGUAAUAAUUUUUGCUUUUGGAAUGGAAAUCUCAUCUACCAAAACUUCUCCAGCAUUGUGAAAGACAGAUACAGUUUACUAAGUGAACUCACAGUACAGUUAAAAUCCAUGG